AUGAAUGUCCUUCAUAUAGAGUCCAAACCUUUAGGCUCAAAGAGUAAUAACUCAGAGAAGAGACAGAGUCUCGAGGAAGCUAAGCUUCGAGUCCUUGACUCAUCUCAGAUUCAUCGCCUAGCAGAUGGCUCUGUUAUAGAUAAUGUAUCAGUUGAGCCAGCACAACCAAGCAAGCGGACAAAAACAAAGAGAUCCAAGUCUGUUCGGGUAUUAGAUCCACCUGUUUUUUCUGAGGACUCAACAGAAAAAAUAGAUACAAAUGAACUAGCCCGUCUUAAAUGUGCAAUAAUCUUAUAUGACGAAUAA